ACAGCAGUAUACUGCUAUUCCUUCAGAAGUCAGCACCAACACCUCAGAUGCUCCCCCGGCAACAUCUGGUGUCCAGGCGUUACAGCGGAAUUCCAGCACCCCUCAGCCGUCACCAGGGGGCAGCAAUAACCCUAACAACCCCAGUGCUUCGCCGCGACCCAGCAUUCUGAGAAAACGAACCAAUGAUGGGACCAUCUUGGUGCGUAAAAACCUGACAGGCCCCCUGGAGGCCAGCGCAGGAAGUCCACAGUCCGCCUCUCUCCCCAGAUCUGCUACCAGCUCACCGUGUAAAGCACAGAAUGAUACAGCUAGUCAAAGUUCCACAGAUACUGCCCCCUCCACAGAGAACAACAGCCCUGCCCAGGCCACGGAGAUGAAGAUUAAAACAGAGCCCUUGGAAGGAGCUCCUAUUGAAAAUGGGCUGCUCUCAGUGCCUCAAACAGUGGCCAGUGUUUUACAAAAUAACAUGGAAGCUUCCCCAAGAAAGAAGCCCAGAAAACAACUCCUUAAUAUCAAUGAAGAACUGAAAGAUUCGUCAACAGAAGAUGAAACGGAGACCAAGCCCCCGGUGAAAGAAGAGAGAGAAACAGAGAUAAAGCCUCCAAUGCCAAAAGAAUACACUGAUGAAGAGGGUGUGAGGUGGGUCGCCAUGAGGAAGAGGAACACUGUGACUUUAAUGAAUUCUUACCAUUGUACAUGGAAGGCCAGGAAUAAUCAUUUUCUAAGAGCCUCUGAUGUCAAACCUAAAGAUGAGAGGCGUCCCACAGUCAAUGAGCUGUCCAACCAGAAAAGUGUGAUACAAAAAGCCAAUGGGUGGAAACUCUAUCAUCUGGCAGCACAGCUAGAAGAAAUGAUGGACCUGGAGAAGGUGGUCCACAGUAGGAUAGCCAGGCUCCAGAAGACGGCCACCGCCAAACCAGAUAUCCCAUUCACGGAGGAGGAGGUGCAUAAAAUCAAAGAACAAUCUCAGGCUAAUAAACAGAGAAGUCAGUUAUUUAUGGACCAGCUGGAAGAAGCGAAGAGCUCCAUGUUAAGAAUUCUCGAUCACAAACCAAGAAUUAUGGAAAUUAUUAACAAGCACCACAGUAAAAGACCAGUGAAAAAGAAGGAGAGAACGUAGCCUUAAAGACAGAUUCUCAGCCUUAAAAUGAUAAGAAAUUGAAUUACAUGAAAAAAUGUUUGUAAGUUUAAAAGAUAGAUUUUCUAGGUCAGAAAGUUUGUUAUUAUUAUUAUUAUUUGUGAGAAAACCAGUGGAAGAUAAAGGGUUCAGAAAAAUGGGGAAAGGUAAGGGGGGAAUUAUUAUCAAUAUGGUUAAAAGGAAAGAAAGAAGGUAGCAAAUGCAAAACAGGGGUUACAAAUGUUCCCAAGUCAACUGACAAGAGAAAUGCUUUAUUCAAAAGAUGGGCCAAUAAAUUACAUAAUGUAAAAAUGAUCUGGAUAGAAAUGAAUGAAACAAAAAGAAAAUUUCUAAUUUCUUACAUGAAACCAUAGGUUACACAUUUGUGUUAUGUUAUUUGUAAAUUCUGUAUAUUUCUAAAUGUAUAUUAUUUUACUUUGCACUGUGUGUAAUACAUUAUUUCUAUGUAGAUAUUGUUAAUCUUUGCAGGUAUGAUUUAGUACUAAAUGUGCACAUAGUUUUUUAUCAUUUGGGCUCAAAAUCCAUCAUUUUGACAUAUUUAAGCCAAAGAGGUCAGAAUUUUUUCUUUUGUUCAUUUAAUUAAAUGAACUGAUGAAUUUUGGCUUAAUUCCAUAUUUCAAAACUUUUGAUACAAUUUACUAUUUGAUUGUGAAUAACAAUUAUUUCUUAAUUUUACACUGGCAAAUUAAUUUAGAAAAUAUUCAGUGGGAAUUUGAAUUAGUAAAUUUACUUUAAAUAUUUGGGUAUUUUAUUGUGAAAAAUUUUAUGGUCAGAUCUGUGGUAUGUAUUUUUAUAAUGCCUAAGAAACUGACCACAAUGUUUUGUCGUGUAUGAACCCCAUUUUCGUACAUUUUUCGAAAUUUUGGACAACUUUUUGGUCAAAAAUGACAAUGACCUAAAACGUGUUUUAUUCUCCCCAAAUAUUUAAGCAAUUGAUUUUUUUCUAAACGAAGGAUUUGGAGGAUUCCCUGACGAAUCAUCAUUCUUGUAUUUGUCAUUGCUUUUUCCAACGCUGUUUAGUGUAUAUAAGAUACUUGAUAUCAAUUCUGUAUUGUAAAUGUAAAAUAGAUUAUUUUAUAAAUACAUGAUAUUAAAAAUAUGAUU